GAAAUCACUCCAAAGGAAACACAUGGCAGGCAAAGAACAAGAAUAGGACCAUCCAACAAACAUAUCUUCUUCAUCUGUUACCAUUAACGCUAACAGCCUCCAAUGGAGUUCCUCAAGCAACAAGGACAUUCACCAAGAACCAAGUGGUAAGUCUUGUCUUAAUGGCAGGAUUCAAUGAAGUAAUGAAAAAAGUCUUUGCUUCAAACUGAGACAAGGAGUGGUUGGAUUGAUACUAUGGAUUGGAGAAGAGUUUCCAUGUAUAAUUCUCAUUUGUAUUUGGUGAUGAAAGAGUCUCUUGAUGUAUUCCUUUACAGGGUGAUGACUUCUCUCUGGUUUCACUUCACUGCUUCUAUCAUCUUCCUCUUUGGUUUCAUUGCCAAGCAUCUUUUCAGGAUAAACAGAGAGAAUGUUUCUCAAGUUUCUGAGAUCAAAGAAUCAAAGGAAGAAAAAGAAGAAGAAGAAAAGGAAGAAGAACAGCAAGUUUCAGACUUUUGUUUUAAGUUUGAGUAUCAAGUUUCUGAGGAUGAGAAGGAAAACAAGUCCUCAUCAGUGAUCACAGAGAUUAACAAGUAUCAGUUUUUAUCUGAAAAUGAUUUCAGUGGUUUCUUUGAAGAACCAGAAGUGAAGACAAUUUUUCAUGUUCAAGAAUCUUCAGCAGUGGAUGAUGAUCUUCAGCAGCAGACAGUGGAAGCUGUUCUUGAGGAAUUGAAAUUGAACUUCAAUUCAAAGGAAUUGUUAGAGGAUGCAUUGUGUUUCAAGAAGCCAAAGAAAUGUAAUUCUGAGACAAGUCUUUGCUCAGAUGGAACUAAGUUUAUAUCAGAAGAGUUUUCCGGUUUUGAUUCGGAUUCUGAAUCAAGUACUAGUGAUGGUUAUUCUGUGAAGAACUUGGUUGUGGAUUCAGACAGUGAUGGAUUUCUAUCAGAGAGAGAUUUUGGAGGAGAUUCUGAUGUUGAGAAAGAAGAAUUCAAGGAGUACGAUGAUUCGGCAUUGAAUAAAGCGAUGUCUUUACAGUUCUCACACAGUUUCGAUUCAGAGAUUUUUCGUAUUGGCAUCGAUAAUGGUAUAGGUGGCAGAAGUUCAUGUUCCUCGAGCAAGACACCUCCAAGUGAUCAUUCAGUUCAUUCAGAGGAACUUUGGUCUGAUGAUGAAUCUUGUGACCAUUUUAUUGAGUUAAAACAAUUGAAAGGAUUAAAGUUCAUUGCUAGUCCUGAUGAUGAACUGUUUUCGCUCAAAAACGAAGAGAAUUCCAUGAAAGACGAUGCCCCCCGGGAAACAGAACAAGACAAAAGCAAUGAUAAUGAAGAGAAAAAGGCCGAAGAAAUCAAUCCAAAAAACUUGGAUGAUGAAGAGUUUGAUGAGCUUGAGUCACUUUGGGAACACCAGGAUUUGAUAGAGCAAUUGAGAAUGGAGCUGAGAAAAGCAAGAGCAACUGGAUUGCCAACAAUCUUAGAAGAAUCUGAAAGCCCGAAAACAAUUGAAGUUCCAAAGCCAUUGAAGAUUGACGGGAAGUUCCUUCGAGAAGAUCCAAUAGAUGAGCUGCACAAAUUCUACAAAAGUUAUCGAGAACGAAUGCGGAAAUUUGAUAUACUGAAUUACCAAAAGAUGUAUGCAAUAGGAUUUCUACAAUUGAAGGAUCCUUUGCAGUCCUUGGCUUCUCAAGCAAAGACAUCCAUUGUGUUCCAAAACUUAUGGCCAUUUCGGCAUCGAAAAUGCGGGGAUGAUUUGUCAAAGAAAUUCAUCAAAGAUUUGCAGAGUGAUUUGGAGACGGUUUAUGUCGGACAGACGUGUCUUUCAUGGGAAUUUCUUCGAUGGGAGUAUGAAAAAGCUCGAGAGCUGCCGGAAUCUGAUCCUCAUUGGAGCCAUCAGUAUAACCAAGUUGCUGGUGAAUUCCAACAGUUCCAAGUUCUCAUCCAUAGGUUCCUAGAAAAUGAAUCCUUCCAAGGUCCUAGACUAUCAAAUUAUGUGAAAAACCGAUGUAUUCUCCGAAAUCUUCUUCAAGUACCAGUCAUCAGAGAGGAUUGCAAGAAUGACAAAAUUGAAGAACAGAAAAAAGGAAGUUAUGCAAUUACUAGUGAAUUGCUUGAAGAAAUCAUGGAGGAGUCCAUUAGAGUCUUAUGGGAAUUCAUCAAAGCUGACAAGGAUGAAACUCCAGUGAUUUUAAAAAGUCUAAUUGGAUCUCAAGUUGAACUUCAAGACCCAUCAGACUAUGAGACAUUGGUCACUGCUCAAAAAAUUCUUCAAAAAAAAGAGAAGAAGCUGAAGGACAUUUUGAGAACUGGUAAUUGUCUUGUUAAGAAGUUCAAAAAAGCAAGAGAAGAUAGAUCAAAUCAAGAGCUGUUUUUCUCACAAAUUGACAUGAAAUUGGUGGCAAGAGUACUGAAAAUGUCAAGACUGACAAGUGAUCAGUUAGUUUGGUGUCAUAAGAAGCUAAGCAAAAUCACUUUUUCAGAGAGAACAAUUCACAGAGAACCAGCAUUUUUGCUCUUCCCCUGUUGAUGCUUCACUUUCUAUGUACAUGCACAAGAGACUAGUUUGUAGUUAUUUUUAUUUUUUCCAUUUUAGACCUCUGACUAUUUUGUAAGAGUUUAAUUUUUAUUUUAAUGCCAGUAUAUAAAUAGUGAUUUUUAUGUUUUCA